GUUCUAAAAGCUGUAGCUACAUUUCAUUACUCAAAAAUAACACACAACCUUGCACCUUAAACCAAUUUAAACGCUAAAUGUCCUACAGAGAGAUAUAUGUUCACCCCAGCUUUCCCUGUGCUCCUGUAACUCUCCCCCUCUUUCCCUAUAAUGGGCACAUUUCCAGGCCAGUUUGACUUUUGACAUAUUACCUCCAUCGAAGCAUUAUUCACCCAAUCUCCUCAGCAGCCCCAGCUCUGUCCCACCCUCCUCAGCUUCCUCCCUCCUACCUCCAGCUCUCGCUGGGUUUAUAAGUCAGCACCAGCAACAGUUGGCUCAGUGAGACGAGCUUUACAUACAGUCAAGGGGGGCAAAUAAGAAAAUAGAGAGCAGCUGGAGAGUGCAGUAGCAAGGAAAGUGGGUCACAAAAUUUCCUGAUACAUGCAUUGAAACCUAACAAACAUCAAAGAAACAACGCGCAUUAGGGCUCCAUCAUGCAUGUGCUGGAGAUCUGGCGGGUGCUCUGGGUGCUCGGCAUCAUGGGUUCAUCUGUGUGUGUGAAUGACAUUGAGUACGAAGGGAACUACGCAGACAACUAUGACAAUGAGAUCUCUCAGGGCCAGCAGGAGGGCGAGUCUCCAACCAUGCCAUGUAAUGUAGAAUUCUCACGCUGGGACAAGCUUUUCAUUGCUCUGGAGGACUCCCACAUGAGGCAGAACAUGCUGCUGGAAUCUAUGGAGCAGUGCUGUGGAGAAGUGUUCUCUCUGAGGACCCAGGUGGCCAAGGGGACGUGCCAGCAGUGUGUACCCAGCCUGGAGUCAGCAUGCAGGGCACAAGCAGAGCAGGCCAGUCUCAGGCUUCAGCGGGGCCUGGUGGAGCUCAGAGAGGAGGAGGCAGAGAGGGAGAGGAGGUUAAAUGCCACCUUCCAGAUGCUCCUGCGCAACAGCCAUGAGGAGAAUGCCCGGCUGAAGAGGCUGGAGGAAGCAUUGCCAUCGAGACCGGCAGACGGCCGGAUGGGACACCAGCCAACAGUCAGACCUGGAGGUUUGGGAGCAGCGUUUGGCUUGGGGAUGAAACCGUUCCCAUCUGGCCUGAAGGAGCAGGAAGUGACUUCACCACUGGACAUGGCCACAAUGGAGGAGGCUCUCGUUGCCAUAGCAACAGAGCUGCAGAGGAUUCACCUGCAGCUGAGCAAAGUGAUAGAGCAAGCAGGAACACUGAGGAACAGAGGGGACACAUGAAUUGUCCAGAAGGGAAGCAUAAUAACAAAAGAUUGACUGGGAGCACUCUAUUAAUGCUAAUCAUUUUGCACAUGUUCUUUUUUUAUGUUUCUGUUUUUUUAAGAACCUUUUUUUUUUAUAGCUGAGCUUGUUUUUGUCUGCUGACAAUGAACUUAAAUGUACCAUAAAUGUCGUGGUUUGCUAUAAUAAAUAAAAGUUAACUGAAUAUACCUAA